AAAAUAAUGGAAAACACAAAACACAUGCAAGCACUCUAUUAGCUGGGUGAUGACAUCGUUAUCCGUCGAAUGGCCUCUGGAAAUUUCCGCUGUACAUUCAGGAGGCAACGACAGCGAAAAAGGCAAAUUAUGUCUUUGUACCAUAAAGGAAAUAGUUUUGACCACGGAGACCCCUUGAAAGGAUCUUGCAGACGGCCCAGACCUGGCGAACCGCGAUUUGAAAUCCAAUGUAAUCAACUGAUUUUUAAGGUCACUUCCCAUUUCAUAUGCUCUGAUAAAGAUUUUGUUCUCCUUCGCGGACCACCCUUUGAGACCUAAGGUCUUAAGAUACAGCUCGUCGCCUAGUGAAACCCAAAUCGAAAAUCCCUGGACGCGCCAGAGGGAGGGUUCAGCAGGUGGUUUCUGUUUAGCGCUGGGAGGUGAACUCACGCUGCCCUGAGUCGGCGGAGGACGCGGGGUCUAGAAACCAGUCCCAAACCCGCCACCUGCGCGCCAAGGCGGGGCCAGAACUGGCUGCAGGCGGCCGGACUCGCCCAGGGCUUAGCGCAGAAAGAGGUGGCGGCAGCUGCGAGGCGCGGCUCCUGGAGACGCCAGUCAACGGCCCGCCCGCCCGCCUGCCGCAGGUGCGCCGGCCCCCAUGGGGAGGAGCGCGGCCGGGUGCUCCUAGGUAGCUGCUUCCUCCGGUUCUCACCGCUCUACUCCGCGGCCUCCCGGGAUCCAGGCAGGACUCGCACUGCGAUUCCCGGAGCCGGCCAGGGCGCCCCCUCUGCCGACCCCAAGCUCUUCCUAGGCCCGAGAGAGGGGGCCCUUCCCGCCCUGCGGAGAGCAAGGCGCGGAUUUGGGGGGCGCCAAGACCGAGGGUCUGGCGGCCGCAGGGACAACCGAAGCACGGGGCUCCGGCCCGGCUGCUGCUGGAACAUGCGCCCGGAGCUGCAGUUUGUUUGACAGUUGCCGGACUAUGUUUCCACUCCUGGUGCUACUCAGCCAACUGCCCGUAGUUACCUUCGCGUUUCCUCAUUGCACAAGAAGUCCCUCGGAGGAGUCUAGGCAUGCGAGAGAAGAAGUUUUUACAUCAAAAGAAGAAGCAAACCUGUUCAUACAUAGACACCUCCUAUAUAAUAGAUUUGAUUUGGAGCUCUUCACUCCCGGUGACCUAGAAAGAGAAUGCAUAGAAGAACUUUGUAAUUAUGAGGAAGCCAGAGAGAUUUUUGUGGAUGAAGAUAAAACGAUGAAAUUUUGGCAAGAAUAUUCAGUUAGAGGACCAACCACAAAAUCAGAUGCUAACAGAGAGAAAAUCGACGUUAUGGGCCUUCUGACUGGAUUAAUUGCUGCUGGAGUAUUUUUGGUUAUUUUGGGAUUAGUUGGUUACUAUCUUUGUAUCACCAAGUGUCACAGGCAACAAUAUCCAGGUUCUUCAGACAUCUAUGUAAGAAGGGGCAGACAUACUCCUUCCAUCAUCUUCAGAAGACCAGAGGAGGCUGUCUUGUCUCCAUCGCCACCUUCAUUGGAAGAUACAGGAUUACCUUCUUAUGAACAGGCAGUGGCAUUGACCAGAAAACAGAGUGUUUCACCACCACCACCUUAUCCUGGGCCAGCAAAUGAUUUUAGGGUAUUUAAAAAGUCUAUGUCACUCCCAUCUCACUAAGCCCUCAUUGUCUUGGUGAUAUAGGACAUUCACAUUAUUUAAGUGGUUCUUUUCCCUGAACCAAAAAAGACAGGUCAAUUCAGCCGUUUAUGGCAAACUGUAGAGAAUAAAGGAGAAAUAAGCAUGUGUUCUCUGCCACGGGAGUUCUGUCAGCAUCUUUAACCUGAAUUUUAUCUUUAUCAGCUGGAUAAGGAAUUUUGUAUCCUUGCAGUUAAGAAGAGAGCACUGUUCUGUUCAAAAGAAUCUGUUACGGAUGUCACAGCUAGAGCUGGUGAACUGUCUGUAUCCUUUGUACAGAAAAUGUUGUGGAUUUGUUGUUGUUGUUGUGUUAGUCGCUGAGUUAUGUCCGAUUCUUUGUGACCCUGUGCACUGUAGUCCACCAGGCUUCUCUGUCCAUGGAAUUCUCCAGGCAAGAAUACUGGAGUGGG